GCGGAAGGCAGGAAAUUCGAAAAGAAGAUUUGAUCGCAGUGAUUUGGUCGUGAAAUAAUAAUACGAUUUGUGACAAUGUCUGAUGCUGUUAAUCAGAGGAAGCCACUUGCUGUGAAAAAUGUGAGUCGCUUGCCAAUGCCAGGUAGUCGGCUGAAGGCCCCGACCAAUUUUAAACGUGCUCACAGUCCUGAUGGUGAUCAUUAUGAGAUGAAACAGAGAAAGCGAAGUCGCACAGAUAGCUUUGAGGCAGACUUACCAAAGAUGAAACAGUUGAGCCAGGUCAAGUCCAGCUCUUCUUUGGCAGCAUCUAAAAGUUCAGCAACACUGCGGAAACAGCCAUGUAUAUCUAAGAUUACACGUAAUGUGGCGGCAGCUAGUCAGAGACCGAAACUGCCUUCUUUUGCAAAGACAGCACCUAAUCCGGUUGUUGCCAAUGGAAUUAAACAAAAGCCAGGUGUUGGAGGAGCAAGCCGAAAACCGUUAACAGGUGCUGUAAGUAAGCCCAACGUAGGCACAAACAAUGUUAAGCCACCUGCUGUUGCUGUUGCUGCUACAGCUGGCGGGAAGAAACGUGCAGCCUGGGAUGUUAAGGGUCGUCUGCUUGACACAGAACAAACUCUGCGGAUUUGUCAGGCUGAGCUGGGAGAGCUUCGAAAAGGAACGCAUACAGAGAUCCAAGACCUCGUGUCGUCCAGGUCGGCUCUUCAAGACGAGAGAGACAGACUCGACAGUGAGGUGUCCGGUUUACGUCAGUCUCUAGCUGACCUGAGACAAACACACACACAGAUGACAGUCGAGUUGGAGACGAACAAGCGCAGUUUCUCUAAAUCAAAAGAGCUGGUAAGCAUGCAGGAAGCAGAGAUUGCACAGUUAAAAGAGACCAUCAAAACUGUGGAAGGAAACAUAGAAGCAAGUUUGAAACGGGAGCAAAAUCUAGAAACUGAAAUCAAGAAAUGUGACCAAAAAAUUCUUGAACUAGAGCAAAACCUGGCUAGUGCUAGUCAGCUAAUAGCUACCCGGGAAGGUGAGAUUUUGCAACUGAAAGCUAACAUCAAAUCUGUGGAGCGAGAUAUUGAAGAAUCUAACAAAAGGGAACAAAAAUUCGACUCUGAAAUCCAGAAAUGUAACACAAAUAUUGAAACACUGGAGAGGAACCUGGAAGAGGCUAAACAAACAAUUGUCUCUAGGAAUGAUAAAAUUACGGGAUUGGAGGAUACAGUCCAGAUGAUGCAAGAUCAGAUCAACGAAUUCAAGCAGAAUGAACAACUCCAUGAAGUGGAGAGACGACGUCUGCAUAACAUGGUGCAGGAACUCAAGGGUAACAUCCGUGUGUUUUGUCGAGUGAGGCCAUUGCUAGAAAAUGAAACUCUAGGCAACAAUGGAGUAAUUCCACACAUGAACUUUCCUGAUGUUGACCACAAGUAUUUGGAACUGGAAAAACUUGAUUCUUCAUUGAAUGAGAGUAUGCUGUCAAGCAGUCGACGAGGACAAUCAAAGCAUGAGUUUCAAUUUGACAGAGUUUUCCAGCCCGAAGCCUCGCAGGCAGAGGUGUUCAGUGAGAUAUCACAGCUUGUGCAGAGUGCACUUGAUGGCUACAAUGUAUGUAUCUUUGCGUACGGCCAGACUGGAUCGGGAAAGACGUAUACGAUGGAGGGGCCAUCUGUUGAUGACCGUAUUAACUGUGGAAUGAUAUCCCGGGCAGUCAAACAGAUUUUUGAAACUGCAAGAAAACUGGAAGAAAAUGGAUGGCAGUAUGAAUUCAAGGCUUCAAUGCUUGAAAUCUACAACGAAACAAUCCGAGAUCUGGUGGAUUACCGUGCUGACAAGAAACACGAGAUUCGACUUGUAGGAAAAGACAACACAGACACUGAGGUGACAGAUCUGUCAGUGCUAACAGUCACCUCUGAACAACAGGUACACAAACUUUUGAAGAAGGCAUCGGAGAAUAGAGCCGUCGCGGAAACAAAGUGUAAUGAACAUUCUUCACGGAGCCACUCUGUGUUCCAGCUGAAGUUGCAUGGCACAAACAGCAUCACCACAGAGACCUGCUCGGGUAUUCUCAGCUUGGUUGAUUUAGCAGGCAGUGAAAGAUUGAAAGAAUCGCAGUCAGAAGGCCAGCGACUCAAGGAAACUCUGAGCAUCAACAAGAGUUUGAGCAAUCUUGGAAAUGUCAUCAUGGCUCUCGGAAAUAAGGACAGUCAUGUUCCAUACAGAAACAGUACUCUGACGUAUUUGCUGAAAUCUUCGUUGGGUGGAAACAGCAAAACCCUGAUGUUUGUCAAUGUUUCACCAAAGGAAGAAUGCUUUCCCGAAACUCUGAACUCACUCAGAUUUGCUACAAAGGUGAAACCAGUGUAACAUCGGCACAGCCAGGAAGAAGAUGAAGUGAACAGGGUCUUCAGAGCAGAUUUCACGGUUAUCGAAACGAAAUACGAAGGCAGCAAACGGCGACAUGUUUACUUGCAUGAACUCUGGGAGUAACAGGAAAAGAUGAACUCAUUGUUUUAGGACAUGUAUAUACUGACAUGAAUUGUUUUAGCAAGUCAUAUCUUGAGGUUUUAAAGCUACAAAAAGGAAAUGCUAAUUUAAUUAUAUUUCCACUGACAUUUUAAUCCAUGUCUGCUCUCCCAUGUUUAUUCAAUGGAAAAUGAUACAAAGCACUUUGAAAAUGAGAACAAUGUACCACCAAAAAAUCAUGGGAUGUGAAAGCAAAGCCACAUGCCAAUUGGAAAAAACACAAUUAAAGUAAGAUUGUAGAAAAAUGUAUUAGUCUUCUAAGAUAAAGAACAUGUUGGCGGUGAUUUCCCCCCAUAGAUUAUUAUAUUUUUUGCAAUUGGAAAGACACAUGUAGUUUAUUCCUGAGUCUUUGCCUUUGAUAUGCUAUGCACUUAAAAAAUUCAACAGUAGAGAGAGAGAUGACACUCUGGCACACUAUUGACCAUCAUUAAAGUCGUUUCAUUCAUUCAUUCAUGUAUUCAUGUAUUCAUGCAUUCAUUCAUCUAUUCAUGCCUCCAUCGAUUCAUUCAUUCUUCAUUAGACCCUGUAAGGACACAAGGGAUGAGUGAGAGUGUAGUUUUUAAGUUGAUACAUAAAGUUUUGGCCUUUAGUUAAAGACAAUAGUGCAGGGAUCAUAGGCCCUAAUGCUAAUGGUGGUAGUUUUUUUUCAUUCGAGACACCACACAUUCAUUACUAAAUGAGGGGUGGGAUGUAUCCCUGUGGUCUGCGGUCUGCUUAGGAUCAAUCCCCAUCGAUGGGCCCAUUGGGCUAUUUCUUGUUCUAGCCAGUACACCACGACUGGUGUAUCAAAGGCCAUGGUAUGUGCUAUCCUGUCUGUGGGAUGAUGCAUAUAAAAGAUCCCUUCCUUCUAAUGGAAAAAUAGUGUGUUGCCGUUUGACAUCCACUAGCCAAUGAUUAAUAAAUCAAUGUGCUCUAGUGGUGUCAUUAAACAAAACAAUUUUUUUUUUACUAAAUGGGUUGGGAUUAACUCGGUGGUAUUUUAUUGGCCUGAGGUGUGAUGGGCCAGAGGCUGGAACAUCAAAGGCUGUGGUAUGUACUACCCAGUCUCAAGAUUCCCUAUAAAUAUCACUUGCUGUGUUUCUUGGUUAGAGUAGUCUACAUCACAACAGUGGGUUUCAUUUCCAAACCAAUUGUCGAAAUGACCAUUAUAUUGUUAGAAACCAGAGAGACUUAGUUUAAAAUGUGCUGGGGUGCGAAACCGAUAUUCCAUUCCUUGUCUUCUUUUCUUUCUAAAUAGGAUAGUGUGUCUCCAUAAUGUUAAUUUAUUAAAUAUUUAAGAGCUUUGUAUACGCAAUUUCAUUAAUUUAUCCGCCCACGGCUGAUAAAUGAAAAGCCAUAGUAUGUGCUGUCCUGUCUCUGGAAGUGUACAUAAUAGAUUAGAAGAUUAUGUCAAAAUUACCAAAUUUUCAAUAGCUGAUAAUUAAUCAUUGUGCUAAAUUGGUGUCGCAAACAAAUGUGUUUGUCAUCUGUUCAUCCAUCCAUCCAUGCAUCCAUGCAUCCAUCCAUCCAUCCAUUCAUUCAUUCAUUCAAAUUGUAAACAGUAUCCAUAAUAGUGUGGGUGCUAAAAGUACCCUUCAUAGGAAAUUUGACUGGUCUUCAGACACCUUUUCAUUAACACCUGUAAUAAAUGGAAAUAUUUUUAUCUUGUCAUUGUUUCCUAGAAUUAUUAUCAAAAGAACCUAUAUUAUUAAACUUUUGUCGUGGCGGAA